AUGCCGAAACGAAAGCGCUCAGAGUUCGGCGGCUGCACCACCCAAUCCCUGACGGACGGACCGAUCAAUGCGCGCCAAUACCGGGUCGAGCACAAGAUCAAUCAUGGAAAGAAGCUCCUCAACCGCAUGCUCAAGCUCGCGAAAGGCUUCGAACGGCAGAAGCUAGGGAGGCGCCACAAAACUGCGUCGCAGAAUGGUGAUGUACCGGGACUUGCGAGGAUAGAUGCGGAGAUCGAGGCGCUCAAGAAACUCGACAUAGCGGAUGCCGCCGAGACUUAUCUGCAUAAGACUCUGCUCAAGAUCAAAACCAUUGCCGCGUCGCCGUCCCUACCAGCGAGUGUCAAGCUACCAAGUAAAGCCCCACCCGAUACGCCUACAGCGAACGUCACCGCACGUCUAUACAAUGCGAAUCCAGUCAAGGAAACUUUGGGAGACAUACUUUCGGACAUACGCAACGCUCUAGGAGUGGAACAGGCAGGGGAAGCCGGUCGAAAAGAUGCUACAAAGACCGGCGCAAGCGAGAGGAAUCAUGCGAAGUCACGGCUGGAGGAUGUUCAACAAGGCGCAUCUUCGGAGUCCGUCAGUGCCUCGUCCGCUGGGAAGAAAGAAGAGGUCGAGUGUGCCUACUCUGACGAGUUCAGUGACCCAGCUAGCGAAGACUUCGCACAUCUUGACGCCAGGGUGGCCGGUUCGUCCACUGAGGAGUCUGACGAAGACUCAGAAGAGGCCUCCGUACGCUCUGAAUUACCACUCGCUUCAGCACGGGGGCACGACCCUGUUGAUGAUCUAUCCCUAACACCGUCAGCAUUUUCGUUGUCCUCGCAGUCGCCUGAGCCGGAAAGCAAAGCAUUUGUAUCAAAAGCAGCAGCCAAUGCGAAAAAGACAUCUACCUUUCUACCAUCCUUAACCAUGGGUGGCUACUGGUCCGGCUCAGAAUCUCUGCCCAGCGACGAAGAAGUCGACGUUGCGCCUAGGAAGAACCGACGCGGACAACGCGCACGGCAACAGCUGUGGGAAAAGAAGUUCGGCGGUAGAGCGAAGCAUCUACAAAACAAGGAUGCGGCAGGCAAUGGCAGCAGGAAUGAAGGAUGGGAUCCGAAGAGGGGCGCUCAGGUCCCAGGAGAUAAGAGAUUCGGUCAGCGCCGCACCGGAAAGCAUACAGUGCCUGAUGCAAAGAGAAGAAGCGAAGGCAAUGCAAUAUCGGCCAACGGUGUGGAUCUCAACCCAAGCCGGCAGGUCAAGAGGGAUGAUCAAGGCCCUUUACAUCCGUCUUGGGAGGCUGCUAAGCAGAGGAAGGAGCAGCGGGUCACGGCUCCUUUCCAAGGCAAGAAAGUAGUGUUUGAUUGA